AGACUUCUUGCCACCAUGAGCAACAGGCACCAGUUGCGGCCAUACACUUCAAUAGGUGAAAUUAAUCAUGUUCACAUUCUGUCUGAACAUGUUGGAGCAUUGAUACACCGUGAGGAGUAUAGCGAUGUCACAUUCCUCGUGGAGAAGAAACAAUUUACAGCCCAUCGAGUGAUUCUGGCUGCUCGUUGUCAGUAUUUCAGGGCGUUAUUAUAUGGUGGAAUGCGUGAGGCACAUUCGCAGGCUGAAAUCCCAUUGGAGGAUACCCCAGCAGAGGCAUUUACAAUGCUCCUGAAGUAUAUUUACACAGGCCAAGUCACACUCAGUAAUGAAAAAGAAGAAAUAUUGUUGGACUUCCUCAGUCUUGCCCAUAAAUAUGGAUUCCCAGAGCUGGAAGAUGCCACAUCAGAGUAUCUGUGUACCAUCCUCAGUAUUAAUAAUGUCUGUAUGGUUUAUGAUGUGGCCAGUCUUUACUGUCUACACAAACUUUCCAGUACCUGCUGUCUGUACAUGGACAGGAAUGCAAAGGCAGUUCUCAGUAGUGAGGGCUUCCUAUCUCUCUCUAAGAGAAAGUCAAUCUGCUCUUCCUUCACUAGGUCAUAUUCAUAUUACAUCGAAGUGUCGAUGGAUGAACUAGAUUGGAUUCGGAUCAUCGAUCAUUCCAAUUACCUGUGUCGCUCCUGGCAGAACUUAUUCUUCACUCCCCGUGUCUGCAGAUAUAUCCGCAUCGUUGGAACACACAACACUGUGAACAAGGUAUUCCACCUAGUCUCUUUCGAAUGUAUGUUCACCAAUAAGCCCUUCUCAUUGGAUUCUGGGUUACUGGUUCCCACAGAAAACGUGGCCACAGUUGGUGCCAGUGCCACAGUAACGGAAGGAGUCAGUCGCACUCGAAAUGCACUGUUAAAUGGAGAUACAAAGAAUUACGAUUGGGAUUCUGGUUACACUUGUCACCAGCUGGGAAGUGGAGCUAUUGUGGUACAGCUAGCACAGCCUUUCAUGAUCGGAACCAUGAGAUCAUGGCAAACUAUCAGCUUCGAGUUGCAGCCGGUGGUGUUUAUCAGGAUCGUCGGGACCUAUAACACAGCCAAUGAGGUAUUCCAUUGUGUGCACUUUGAGUGUCCAGCAGAAAGGAGUGUCCAGCAGGAACCAAGUGCAGACCCAUCAGUAGCAAGUGCUGAAGCAGGACAUAGAUCUGGGGCACCAACUCAGUCUGUCCUGAACCCAAGUGACAGAAUGCAGUGCAGCCACUGAGGUUAGAGAAUGGAUGGCUCUAAUCAUUUUUGAUCAUCACCUUAAGUACAUUGAGACUGGUUCCAAUCAAGGUACAUGCCUGUUUUUGCCCAUAUUGUACUGCAAGCAACAUUGGUCAGCCCUGCCUCUCCGAUGAACAUGUGUCUGUUCAAACCAUUUCUGGCUCCAUGUGUAAUCAACGCAGUACAAAUUGUCAUGUCGAGAUCAACCAUCCAGUGUGUAGGAGGACAAGGAUUGAGAGUCCUGUUCUCAGUCAUGAAGUUUACAUCAUCAGAGAUUUAACAACUUCCUGCAGACCGAAACUGAUUCCAUUUCCGUUCAGUGUGCGUUUCUGCUGUAACCUUGCAGUGUCGAAAGGGAAAGAUUCCACAGACUGUGUCAAUGGAGAAUUCAAUCAGACAUGGACUAAUGAUUACAGCAAGAAUGAGCCUGAGGACUAAAUUGUAAAUGUACCUCGCUGAUUAUAGGAAAUUCAGACACUGCUGCCGAAAUCUUGAAAGAGUUUAACUUUUCCCAGUCUCACUCAUUUACCAAACACACUGUCAGACCAGCUCCAAUUUUAACCCAGUUAAAUGUUGGGAAUUGGAUUUGUGUUACAGACCCAGUCAAGCAAGUUGGGAUCUGGCUGACAAUGAGUUGCUUUCUUCUGAAUUGUUGAAUUUGGGUGGGUUUAAUUUAAGACGCUGAGUGAUGUGUCAUUUCAAUGAAUAACUGCUAACGAGGCGUGACUGCACAUAAUGUCAAUGUUACUGUCCAGGAUAGUUUGGCUCCUGUGCUAGUCUAGAAACUGUAUUUAUGUUUUGUAGAGUACCAGAUCUUCCCAUUGAACUUUGGGGUCAUUGUGAAAUAUGAGCUCUUGGAAAUUAUUUGAAUUCCAACCAAGUCAGUGCUGAGACAAGGGCACAGGUAUCACAGAUGUGUCCUGUCCUGAGUUUAUGUACUGUCACCAUAUUGAACUUGCAAAAAUAACUCGCCACUACAUUCAUUCAAAUAGCACCAUGUUCACUUGCAAGUUCUGAGAUAGAGUAGCAAAUUAAAAAAGUAUUUCUUGUCUAUUCAGUAGGUUUAUCCUAAUAAAAAAAAACAUGAAGCGUA